AACGGUCGCUGUUUGAACAGUUGGAAGGUUCCCGCGACUUGGGCCGCGCGGGGAGACCGUUGUGACUCCAGACGGCGGCGGGAAGAAGGAUGUAUCAUAGCGUCCAGUUAGAGCUGCUGGUGGAUUUGGGCUAGAGCAAUGGCAGGACUCGAUUUUACAGACCAGGAUAUUCGUGAGCAAUUGGAUUUGUUGGGCUACCGCAAUGUCCCAGAGCAUCAACUUCGAGAGUUCAGAAAAGAUCUGGAGGAACUGAUCAGGCAUGAGCGUUCAAAGAGUCAAAGCUCUGGUAAAGCCAGUGAUACUGUGGAGUCAUGUAGUACAACAUCACCAAACUAUGUUUCACAGGUGAGAAAUAGUUCCUUGCAUCAAAAUCUUGCAGCACCACAAAAUCCAAUUCGACGUGAGUUCAGCUCAGAAAAAGAGAAUCAGUCAUCACACAGGCAUGGGAUUGGCACUUUUUAUGGUCAUCCUAAAGAAUUUCAUCCCUGUGAUGCAUAUAGCAGAUUCUCAGUAGCCGCAAAUCCAUUUAGAUGUACAUCAGCGCCAACUAGGCUGAUUCUUCAGAACAUUCCAGAUCAGGAGAGUUAUGACAGUCAAGUGCAGUCUGAGAUCAGCAGCACAAGCAGCCCGGAAACACCCACUGAAAGCACGAGAAAACCAGUUAUCAGGAGAAAAGUAUUACGGAAGAAGAAUGGACAAACACAUGUUUGUGAUGAAUCAGUCAUCAGUGAGACUGACUCUGAUGAAGUCAGUGAAUUGGGACACAGAUUCAGCAAAUUUCAAACUUUCUGCAACGAAGCAGAGUCUGAUACACAAACUGAAGAAUUGGGCAACAGACCUGAUGCUGGAAGCAUAACUGGAAGACGACCAAAUUCUGCCCAGCCAUUCUUCACAAGAGAUCUGUGGAACUGUAGGCUCGGAGGAAGUGAGGGUUAUGGUUGUGUUUCAAACCCACCAAAGUCAUUUAUUAGACCAGUAAUGGAUCAUCCUCACACAAGAAACAUAAAGAAAAGUGACCCUGUAGCAAAGUAUUUUGAAUAUAAGCAAAACUGGGAGACUUUCAAAGCUCCUGGAGAAAAAGAUAGGAAAGAACUGCGAUGGGGGAUAAGGGAGCAAAUGCUUUAUAAUCACCAACUACGUCUGAAACCUCGGCACAAUUAUGUUCCAAAUGAUUACAUAAUACCAACAGAGAAGAAACGAUCUGCAUUGCGAUGGCAAAUUAGACAUGAAUUAGCAACUGGAACCAUUCCACAGAAGUUUUUCUGUCCAUUAUAGCUAGAUUAACUUGGUACAAUGUUUACAUAAAUCACGUUCUUUUGUAAUUGACUAACAGCAUGAGUUGUGCAAUGAAGUCAUAGAUUUUAUUGGAUCGUAAAAAUAAAUGUCCUCUUUUUCUAAA